UCCUCCUCCUCCUCCAACAGGGGGAGAGAGAGAGAGAGCGUUGAAUUCACAAUCAGACAGCAACUCCUAUUUGCCAUCACGCACUUUGCCUGCCCUUGCCCACCCAAUCUCUCUUUCUCUCUCUCUCUAACCUUCCUCCAUACUUUCUUGACCAAAGAGAAAAAUAAAAAAAUUCCUUCGUACUUUAUUCGUUUCGCAAUUCAAAGCGACACUCGCAAAAUUAUUGCUCUUGGUGAGAGAUUCCGCCAUUGCUGCUACCUCGCGUUUUCCAUUGAUUGAGAGAGCCAUCUGGGUGGUUCGUCCUCCUAUCGGUGGUUGAAUCUCAUCUGGGGUCCCAUCAUUUCGCCUUGUGAUUUCGAAUUGAUUGCCCAUCUGUCGAAAACCGCCUGCAUUUUCCCUCUUUAUCUCUGUCUUCUUCUCCUCCCUCCCUCUCUCGGAUCGUUGCCUUCUGGGUCGGUUUCGGCUUCGCUUCCCUCAUCUGGGUUCGGGCGCUCGCCGGCAUUCGCUCUUGGGUCCGGGGUAACGUCUGUCUGUGGAAUGACCAUGUUUUGAUUAACAUCGGAGAGUGCACCUUCGGUUGUGCUUUUGGUCAUUCGAUCGGUGCCGCGUAAAGAAUCAAAAUGGAUGGGGAAAGAUAGUACUAGAAAAGGCAGGAGGCACAAACAACCUGGAGAUCCAUACGUGACCAACUACUUCAUCAUGCGGACAGUUUCCAAAGGCACCGUUAUGAAUAUGGAGGCUUACAGGAACCAGGCCGAAGUGUUGGUCAAAAGCUAUCUAUUAGCUGAUCCCUUAAUUCCAGUUACAUCCGUCCUAGGUGGCAUUUUAGCUUGUAAAAUGGUGUAUGAUCUCACCCAGUUAGUCAGUAUGUUUUACUUCAGAACUUAUGCAAGUUUGACAAAGAUACAACGGUCUGAGUGGAAUAACCGUGGUAUGUCAACAGUCCAUGCCAUUUUCAUCACAACCAUGUCACUAUACUUUGUGUUCUGGUCUGAUCUCUUCUCUGAUCGAAUUGCUGGCCCUGUGACUUUUCGACAUUCGCCUCUCUCUACGUUUACCCUUGGGGUUUCUGUUGGGUAUUUUCUUUCAGAUCUCGCAAUGAUAUUUUGGCUCUAUCCUUCUUUAGGUGGAAUGGAGUAUGUUAUACAUCAUUCGCUUUCUGGAAUUGCUGUAGCCUAUUCUAUGGCUUCUGGGGAAGGGCAGCUUUAUACAUACAUGGUCCUUAUCUCUGAGAUCACGACUCCAGAGAUCAAUAUGAGAUGGUUUCUCGACACUGCUGGGAUGAAGAAGUCUAUUCCGUAUCUCAUUAAUGGCGUGGUCAUCUUUAUUGCCUGGUUGGUAGCAAGGGUUCUUCUGUUCGUUUACUUGUUCUACCAUGUUUAUUUGCACUAUCAUCAGGUCAUUGAGAUGCACAUAUUCGGUUAUCUAUUGGUCUUUCUGGUGCCAGCAGUGCUGGCAAUCAUGAACUUGAUGUGGUUUGGGAAGAUCAUCAAGGGGUUGAUGAAGACAUUAGCUAAAAAGCGGUGAAGAUCACCCGCACGUCCCGCCGUUAGUUCUGCCGCGUGCCCUCCUAGAUUCUCUGUUGUAAAAAUUGGGGUUACCCUCAUAGUAAGAAAGUCUAAAGAGCUCACAGAAUCAAUAUGAUCAUCGUCCCGACCGAUAAUCAUGUUUACUGUACAUGUCCAUAGUUUCACUACAAUCUCACGAGUCGUUACUUCUA